AUGGCCAUGAAGUUGCUGGCACUGACCUUUGCGGUCUGGGCUGCUGCAGAAGAGGUAGAGCAGAUAACAUGUGGUGCAGAUCACACUUGCGCACGGGGCUCCCAAGGCUCCAUCAAGUGCUGGGGCGAGAAUGCACGCGGCCAGUUGGGGAUUGGCACCACAGAUACGAUGGGGGAUGGUGACAAUGAGAUGGGUAGCAACCUGCCAGUUGUUGACCUAGGUACAGGGCGUAGUGCAGUUGAAGUAACCGCAGGGUAUUGGUAUGCUUGCGCCAGAUUAGAUGAUGGCUCCCACAGAUGUUGGGGCAAUAAUGAUUACACUCAGCUUGGCCUGGAAAGCUCCACCACCAUGGGCGACGAAGCCAAUGAAAUGGGUGAUCACCUGCCAUCCGUCGCUCUCGCCAGUGGCCGCACUGCGGUUCAAGUUGCCACCGGAGCAGACUCAUUUCAUACUUGCGUCAGGUUUGAUGAUGGAACACUGCAGUGUUGGGGACGCAAUAAUGUUGGACAGCUAGGGUUGGGCAACACUAAUAAUAUGGGCGACAACCAAAAUGAAAUGGGCGACCACCUACCGACUGUGAGUCUCGGCGCUGGGCACACAGCAGUGGAAGUGAGCCCAGGAGAGUAUCAUACCUGCGCUAGGCUGGAUACCGGAGGUAUCAAAUGCUGGGGAUCGGGGUCAGACGGACGGCUCGGCAGCGAUGGUUCGAAGGGCGACGAAGCGAACGAGAUGGGAGAUAGCUUGGAGGUUGUGGAGCUUGGUGCCGGGCGCACGGCGGUGCAAGUGGUUGGAGGAGAAUCGCACACCUGUGCUCGCCUUGAUGAUGGAAGUGCAAAAUGCUGGGGCCGUAAUAAUUAUGGGCAACUAGGGCAAGGCAGCACGACUAGCAUUGGCAAUUUGGCCAACCAGAUGGGGGACAACCUACCGACAAUCUCCCUUGGAACUGGGCGCACAGCCAAAGCAUUGGCUGCAGGAGGUAGCAACACCUGCGCAAUCCUAGAUAAUGGGGCACUCAAGUGCUGGGGUUUUAAUCUUUACGGUCAGCUGGGUUUGGGCCACAGCAACAACAUGGGUGAUGACGCAGAUGAAAUGGGUGACUUCUUGCCACCGGUUGACCUGGGCACAAACCGCACAGCAUUGGAGGUUGCGGUGGGCGGCUGGUCCCAUGUUUGUGCGAGGCUAGAUGAUGGCACGGUGAAGUGCUGGGGGCUCCAAGCCUACCUGGGACUAGGUGUGUCCGGUGGCAACCUUGGAGAUGAACCGGGAGAGAUGGGGGAGGCUAAGGCUGCUGUGCAGGAGGCUGAAUCGGUUGUGAUGCAGGACUUCCUGAAAAACCUGAACAUUGCCAACAACACUGGAGGGAAGCUAGGUGAGAGCAACGAAAGCACGACGAAAGCUGGCGCUGUGAAGGUUGUGGCAUACGACGCAGCAGCUCUGGAAGCCUCUGACGUUGCGACAGUCACCAUGGACAACUCAGCUGCCAGUGCGAAGGUACCGGCUGGCGUGCUUGCACAAGCCCAGAACUUAACCAACGGAAGUGGGCCUCUGCUGUUGAGCGUCAUGGUGAUGAGCGAGGAACUUGCCCAGAAGUUCAGCGAAUCGCCCGUUUCAGAAGACAAGCAGAAAGGUCCCACAAUUACCUUGCUGUCCCAGCCCCUCGUUGUCGACGUGCGCAACCUGGCAACCCCCAUGGUGGUUCAGAUGGAGGUGCCGGACAAGAAUGCAAGCAGCCAUUGCGCCUACUGGAACGAGGAGAAAGGGCUUUGGGAUACAGAAGGCAUCAUUCGCGUGAAAGAUGCUGCUCGGAUGACUCUGGAACACACCUUCCGACGGCUCACGACAAGUUCAUUGGUUCUGAAGGAACCAUACAAGUCCCACAAACUCGGCCUCGACGACAGUGUCUCCGGCAACUACUUUCCAGUGGCGACUGCACCUGCAGAGUGCCGCUAUUGA